GAGGUGGGGGGGGCAGGUCUGCAGUGCCGCUUCCCCUGGUACCCGGAGCAGUCGGCGCUGCCGCCUCUGCACGGUGGCCAGACCCCCGCCCUCACCCGGGACUCCCUUACCCGGGGAAGCCCGCUCAGGUGUCCGGAGGCUCCAGCUAGAGAAGUCAGCAGCCCUUUCUAGAAUACCCUGGCUCCCCAGCCGAGCCUCACCAACCUGGCUCCCCCUCCCUCUCCUACCCCCUUGCCGCCCCCUUCCCUUCCUCUCUCACCCUGCUGAACUGGGUGGGCACCAAACAUCUUCCCCUCCUCCCCUGCCCCUUGUGGACUCACGGGCCAACACCAAAGAUUCUGGAUACAUUUCUUCAGAUAGACUCGGGGGAAGGAGGGGGGAGGGGGGGUCUUCUUGACCACCAGUCCUUGAACAAAAGAUCUUAAAAAAAAAAAAAAAAAGCAGCAGCAGCAGCAGAGAGGGCCAGGCCCCAUCAUGGAAGAGGGCUUCCGAGACCGGGCAGCUUUCAUCCGCGGGGCCAAGGACAUCGCCAAGGAGGUCAAGAAGCAUGCGGCCAAGAAGGUGGUGAAGGGCCUGGAUAGGGUCCAGGACGAGUACUCCCGCCGGUCCUAUUCCCGCUUCGAGGAGGAGGACGACGACGACGACGACUUCCCGGCCCCGGCCGACGGCUACUACCGCGGGGAAGGGGCGCAGGACGAGGAGGAAGGGGGCGCGUCCAGCGAUGCCACCGAGGGCCACGACGAGGACGAUGAGAUCUACGAAGGGGAAUACCAGGGCAUCCCCCGGGCAGAGUCUGCGGGCAAGGGCGAGCGCAUGGCAGACGGGGCGCCCCUGGCUGGAGCGCGGGGGGCCCUGGGUGACGGCGAGGGUCCCCCUGGGGGCCGCGGGGAGGCGCAGCGGCGGAAAGAGCGCGAAGAGCUGGCCCAGCAGUACGAGACCAUCCUGCGGGAGUGCGGCCACGGCCGCUUCCAGUGGACGCUCUAUUUCGUGCUGGGCCUGGCGCUGAUGGCCGACGGGGUUGAGGUGUUCGUGGUGGGCUUCGUGCUGCCCAGUGCUGAGAAGGACAUGUGCCUGUCCGACUCCAACAAGGGCAUGCUGGGCCUCAUAGUGUACCUGGGCAUGAUGGUGGGAGCCUUCCUGUGGGGAGGCCUGGCUGAUCGGCUGGGUCGGAGGCAGUGUCUGCUCAUCUCACUCUCGGUCAACAGCGUCUUCGCUUUCUUCUCAUCCUUCGUCCAGGGAUAUGGCACUUUUCUCUUCUGUCGCCUCCUUUCUGGGGUCGGGAUUGGAGGAUCCAUUCCCAUUGUCUUCUCCUAUUUCUCGGAGUUCCUGGCCCAGGAGAAACGUGGGGAGCAUUUGAGCUGGCUCUGUAUGUUUUGGAUGAUUGGUGGAGUGUAUGCAGCUGCUAUGGCCUGGGCCAUCAUCCCCCACUAUGGGUGGAGUUUUCAGAUGGGAUCUGCUUACCAGUUCCAUAGCUGGAGGGUCUUUGUUCUCGUCUGCGCCUUUCCUUCCGUGUUUGCCAUCGGGGCUCUGACCACACAGCCCGAGAGCCCCCGCUUCUUCCUGGAGAAUGGGAAGCAUGAUGAGGCCUGGAUGGUGCUGAAGCAAGUUCAUGACACCAACAUGAGAGCCAAGGGGCAUCCUGAGAGAGUCUUCUCAGUAACCCACAUUAAAACGAUUCAUCAGGAGGAUGAGCUGAUUGAGAUUCAGUCAGACACAGGGACCUGGUACCAGCGCUGGGGGGUCCGGGCCUUGAGCCUGGGGGGACAGGUUUGGGGGAACUUCCUGUCCUGUUUUAAUCCAGAAUAUCGACGCAUCACUCUGAUGAUGAUGGGUGUAUGGUUCACCAUGUCAUUCAGCUACUACGGCCUGACCGUGUGGUUCCCCGACAUGAUCCGCCACCUGCAGGCGGUGGACUACGCGGCGCGCACCAAGGUGUUCCCGGGGGAGCGCGUGGAGCACGUGACUUUCAACUUCACGCUGGAGAAUCAGAUCCACCGAGGGGGGCAGUACUUCAAUGACAAGUUCAUUGGGCUGCGUCUGAAGUCCGUGUCCUUUGAGGAUUCCCUCUUCGAGGAGUGCUAUUUUGAGGAUGUCACGUCCAGCAACACGUUCUUCCGCAACUGCACCUUCAUCAGCACUGUCUUCUACAACACGGACCUGUUUGAGUACAAGUUUGUGAACAGCCGGCUGGUAAACAGCACAUUCCUGCAUAACAAGGAGGGCUGCCCGCUAGAUGUGACAGGGACAGGCGAAGGUGCCUACAUGGUCUACUUUGUCAGCUUCCUGGGGACACUGGCAGUGCUUCCUGGGAAUAUCGUGUCUGCGCUGCUCAUGGACAAGAUUGGCAGGCUCAGGAUGCUCGCUGGCUCCAGCGUGAUGUCGUGCGUCUCCUGCUUCUUCUUGUCCUUUGGGAAUAGCGAGUCGGCCAUGAUUGCUCUGCUCUGUCUUUUCGGGGGGGUCAGCAUUGCGUCCUGGAACGCGCUGGAUGUGUUGACUGUCGAACUCUAUCCUUCGGACAAAAGGACCACAGCCUUUGGCUUCCUAAACGCCCUGUGUAAGCUGGCCGCCGUGCUGGGAAUCAGCAUCUUCACGUCCUUUGUGGGGAUCACCAAGGCCGCCCCUAUCCUCUUUGCCUCAGCUGCCCUCGCCCUCGGCAGCUCUCUGGCCCUGAAGCUGCCCGAGACCAGGGGGCAGGUGCUGCAGUGAGGGGGGUCUCUGGGGCUCUGGAGUUGGCAGGCACACUGUGAGACCAAUAACUCCUUUCUACCCUUCCCAGCCCUGCCAUCCUGGCCCUCAGAGCCUCACUCCCGUUUGGUGUUUUAGCUGUGUAUGCGUGUGUGUGCAUGUGUGUGACCCCUCCUCCCCCCAACAUGGGCAGGGACUACAGGGAAGGCCCCUGCAUUCCAGUUUGGGGAUGGCGUUCCCCACCUCCUAUCACUCGACUUUGCACAAGGAGAAGGUUGAGAUCCUUCUCUCCCCUGGUGUUAGUGAGGGUCCUUGCUGCCCUGCUCCAGGGUUCCAGAACUGGCUUCCUGCUUUCCUUCCGUUCCUAGGCCCUGGUGAAACCACAGGUAUGGUUGUGUUGGGGGCCGGGGCUUGGUGCAGACCAUGGACCAAAAUAAAUUGUCAGGAGGGCCCUUGGGUGCUCUCUAACCUCCCAAGGGUGCUGGGGGAGUAGCAAUAAACCUCAGAUCCCUGGCCUCCACUUACCCAAGUCAGGCUUCAAGCAUGAAGCCUGGAUUUUAUUAAGUUAGCUUUCUGAUUAUUUAUAUUCUUUUAAGUUCGGAGGCAGCUCAUCAGGACUGUGUGGGUAUGUGCCACGGGGUAGGGGUACCACUAUACAGUCCUAACAUAUAAGCCAAGGGUAGUUUUAGCAGACACACACACCCUGCUUCUCAUAGUACCUCCUGGAAUUUUGUAUCAUUGUUGGGCCUAGGAGAGAGGAGCCCUAGGUCAGGCUAGGGGAAAGAGUCCUACCUUUGGGGGGGGCCCAGAGGACACCUCACCAGACCUCUCUCCUUCCUCUUUGAGAGGCUACACCUGCCCACCAGAGCACAGCCAGGGGCCUCCUCACAGGCCUCUGGAAAGGAAAAGUGCCAGGCAGGUGGUCGGAUGAGCAGGUUUAAAAGCACAAGGAGAUGAGGGGCUGGGGCAGGAAAGCAGGGGCUCUCUUGGCAACUCCUCUAGAAGCAGGGGCAGCGAGGGAGGGACGGCUAAAACGCAGGGACCAGAAGCCUCAGUUCCGCCACCUCGCCCUUCCUCACAAUAAUAGCCUCUGUAGGUUCAACUGCCCCUGUCCCACCGUACUCUGUGUGGCCGCUUUCUUUGGUGCCCUCCUCUACCCCACUGUAGCUGUGAUGUGUUCUAGUUUUUAGCUGUUUGUAUAAUGUUAAAAAAAAAACAACACGUGAAAAUAGCCACAAAAAAAAAAAUAAUACAAAUU